GUGGGCGGUAACUCGGAGACCGGAUGUGACGCGAGGCGGGGGCGGAACUGCGCAGGCCGGAAGCCCAGCAGGCGGUGAAGAUGGCGGAGAGCAGCGGUCGCGCCGGCAAGAGCAGCGGGAGCGGCGCGGCGAAGGGGGCGGUGUCGGCAGAGCAGGUAAUUGCUGGCUUUAACCGCCUGCGGCAGGAACAGCGGGGCCUGGCAUCGAAAGCAGCUGAACUGGAGAUGGAGUUGAAUGAGCACAGCCUAGUGAUCGAUACUCUGAAGGAGGUAGAUGAAACCCGCAAGUGCUACCGCAUGGUUGGAGGGGUGCUGGUGGAGCGGACCGUCAAAGAGGUGCUGCCUGCCUUGGAGAACAACAGGGAGCAGAUACAGAAGAUCAUUGAGACACUGACACAGCAGCUUCAGGCAAAGGGAAAAGAACUAAAUGAAUUUCGGGAAAAGCACAACAUUCGUCUCAUGGGGGAAGACGAGAAGCCAACAGCCAAGGAAAACUCAGAAGGGGCUGGGGCUAAGGCCAGCUCAGCUGGAGUGUUGGUCUCCUAGGGAGCAAGGCCUUUGCAUUUUUUUCUACCCUGAUUCCCACUUCUAAUUUCUCUUUAUUGUUAUUGUUAUUAUUUUGUCUGCUGUUGUAAUAUUUUUUUUGUUAAUUAAAUGUUUUGGUCAGAAUGUU